AUGUGCCACACCAGCUGUUCCACCAGCUGCCAGCUGGCCUGCUGUGUGCCCAUCCCCUGCCAGGUGUCCUGCUGUGUGCCCAUCCCCUGCCAGGUGUCCUGCUGUGUGCCCAGCCCCUGCCAGCCAGCCUGCUGCAUGCCCGUGAGCUGCAAGCCCGUUGUGUGCGUGGGCCCCUCCUGCCAGUCCUCCGGGUGCUGCCGGCCCUCCUGCCCCACCCUGGUCCUCAGGCCUGCUCCCUGCGGCACCCCUAGCUGCUGCUAGCGCAAGGCCUCCUGGGACCCCCUCCGAGGGAUCGGAAACAGCUGCUCUGUGAGCUACCAGGCAGACGUUGU